UAAUUAACAAAUUUGAAUGUAAGCUAAUUGGAUUUCUUGCCCUCCUCUUUUGCUUGCAAGAAUUAAUUUGUAUUAUAACGAGUUUAACGAUUUUUUCUUAUCUUAAGAAGGAGAAUUGCAACAAUUUAGAAGCUAUGUUUUGUUCUGUUGCAGCACAAAUAUAUUAUAUUUAUAUAACUGGGCAAAUGAUUACCAUUCUUGUUUGCUGCUCCGAAGGUCUAUUCGUUAUGGCAAUGAGAUCGGUUCAUUUAUCUAAAGAGUUACAAGAUAUCGAAGAUGAUGCCACGGCCGUAUUUUUCCAAGGAAUGAUGGAGAAGCAUUUAGAGAUAAGAGAAUUUUUUCAACAGAUAAACAAACAAUGGAAAAUACUUUUUCCUUUAGUCUACAGUCAUUCAGUAUACCUCUGCUGCAUUUUAUUGUAUGGAGCUAUUUUUGUCGACAUGGAUGAAUCGUUGCGUCAAGUUACCGCCAUUGUUGCGUUAGUAAUGCUUAUAGGGUGUCUGUUCGUUUCCUGGGCUCUAUCUGCUAUGACAUCAAUGAUCUACGACAAUUUUGUAUCAGUAGCAGUGUUUUCUUCUGUUUCGUUCCCAUUGAGAUUCAAAUAUAAAGUAUGUAUUUUUAUCGAAUAUUUCAUUAUUUUCUCUUAUCUUAUUUGUGUUUUACUGUUUGCACAGAUGGUUUGUUUCCUGAAGAGAUUUGGAAGAAACCCAAUAGGAUUAUCAAUGGGCGGAUAUUUCUUUAUCAAAAGGAAUUUUUUAAUUCGAAUGGCAAGUGGACUUUAUUCAGAAUUUUCUACUUUACUUCAGUUAACUGGAGUUUUGGAUCGAAAGAAAUGCACCAGACACAUUACGAAUGAGUACAGGAUGUCUUUACAAAACGAAACGAAUGUUUAAGAUAGGUCACACUUGCAUUCAGAUAAUCUCAUUUCAGAACUGAAUAUAGAAAUAAAGACUAUCGUAACUAUGGUCCAUUCGCUGUAACUUCGUGCAUGAAACGAAGUAGUAAACCAAAUCCUUCAUCACUUAUGCUACAAAAUGUAUCCCUCCACUUUACCUGUAUCUUUGUAAAAGCAAUAAGUGUCCUAAUAAAAAUGUGAACAUCCGUUAAUUAUUAUGAAUUUAGUCCCAGAGACGAUUCUAAUGAAAGAAUGCUGAUUUCUGUAAACUAUUUCUUACAGAAGCAUGUAUAUAGUUAUAGUGACACACAACAGCAAUUUAAGUAUUAACUACUAUUAAUAUGCACAAAUGAUUGUUUAGCAUAUAAAAUUAUUUUAAAAUUACGUUAAAGUAAUCAUUGUGAGGCUCCAGACAGGGUUCAAACCCUCAUCAAAAAUUUGCUCUCCCAAAAAAAAAUUGUUCAAUUAGAAAAAAACCGAAACAAGACACAAUAUUUUCGUUUAAAGUUACACUAUAACAGAAACUGAUAAACAGUGUAAGUCCUAAGAUCAACCAUCUCCAGUUGGGGUUGGAAUUCGGCAUUGAAUUAAAAUGUUUCAGCUGAUCUCGAAUUACCCCUGAAAUAGGUACUGUAUGAGACCAAUCAGAAAACGUGGAAACGAGACUAAUCAGGUUGGGCUAUCGAAAGGCCGAGCAGAUAAAAACUCCUGUCCCAAGGACCUGAGGUUCCUUUUUGAUAUUCGUGUCAAUCAAGCCUCUUCUCAAGUUUCACUUUCAAAGUGCUUUUUUACAAAGUUACUUCUCAAUGUUCCUUUCUUUGGGUCUUACUCCUCAGGUGAU